AUGAGCAACGUUGAUAACAGCCUAGAUUUCUUCCCUCGCCCCGCAUUGGCUCGCUGCGCCUCACACCGCAAACCUUCACCUUUGACCUCAACGGCUAUGGCUUCAUUACCACCAUACCAGUACCAACCGCUCGACCUCGAUGCCGACUCGAUCCGUCUCGUCCGACUAUGCAAAGGAUUGUCCAAUGAGCAGAUCCACUGCGAGCUUCUCGAGACCUACGUCCAUGCCUCCAUAGGCGUUCCAUACGAAGCACUCUCGUACACAUGGGGAACCAUAGAUCGAGAGGAAUCCAUCAUUGUUGGCCGCAAUUCAACCUUGCAGGUGACGGAGAACCUGUAUACCGCCCUCGUGAACCUCAGACACCCACAUACUGAUAGGUUAUUGUGGAUUGAUGCGGUAUGCAUCGAUCAAAACAAUGACAAGGAACGGGGCCACCAGGUUGGUCAAAUGAGGAAAAUCUAUCAGAAUGCCGAGGAGGUCCUUGUGUGGCUGGGUCCCGGAAGAACUGCUGAAGCACAGUUGGCCAUGAAGUUCCUGGAAGAUGUCAAUGAACAGGUUUCGGCAACUGACCAACUGUGGAGCUGGAAACUUCGUCGAGAAAAUUGGAGGUCAGAAUUGAAUUGGCGGAAAAGGAAGUUUUUGGAGCGGCUUCCAGACACGACAUUGGCAGAGUACCGGGGAGCUUUGGAGGGCCUGCUUGCGAGUCCUUGGUUUAGACGCGUCUGGAUCAUUCAGGAGGUUGCCUGCUCAAAGAAGGCCAGAAUUAUGUGUGGCCGAAAGAGCAUACCAUCGAGGACGUUUGCUAUUGCGCCAGAGUUUCUCGAUUCCGCGGUCGAUGAUCAUGUGCAGGCAAUCCUUGAUGUGAUGCCGGGCUUCCGAAGGUCUGAAUCGUGGUGGAGUCACACUCGGACUCUGGGAAUUCUCUUACGGAAAUUCAGAGAGAGUCAAGCGACUGACAUUCGAGACAAGGUCUUUGCGCUACUUGGUAUGGCGCCGGACGCAGAAGCCGAGAUCACGCCAGACUAUGAAACGGAUACCCGGCAGAUUGUCCAAAAAACAGCCUCCUUUCUUGUAUUCGGGAAGGUUGUUGAUAAGAAAACAUACGAGUUUCCGUUGUGGUCAUUGCGUGAGCUGCCUGAGAAGACGGAUGAGAUGGUCGAAGAAGCGCUUCACAGAAUGAUGAGCGGAGGAGGGAUCUUAUCAACCGAUGUCUGGAUACAUGUUCCCGUCAGCCUUGAUCCUGCCGACUUGCUAAACGGUUGGAAUACUCGUGGCGAGUAUGGCCAGUAUAGCACGGGCUUUGUGCGAUGGAACGAUCAGCGAAUCCUAAUGAAGCUUGCGAGAUUCGUUUUUCGAGAGGCAUUAGACACUCUCGCUUUGCUAGGGCCCGAACCUAACCUUGGCCAAAAAGCGUCUCGACCGUCAGUGUCACUAGCUGUAUGCCUGGCAGCCCAGUAUCAGCAAUGGAAGGUUGUGAAGUUGCUGAUCGGGUAUUCGACAGCUGUUCGAAAGUCGGAUAUGGACAGCCUUGAAUCGCCGGGGCUGACAAGAGCUAUCUGGAUGACAGCUUGGAAGCGUCACUUGAAGAUGAUACGCCUGAUCAAAUAUGGCGUGGACCUCGAUGCAAAGUGGGAACAUGGAGAUUUGGAGCGAGCAGAUGCAAUUGAUCUUUUCAAUGCCCUUGUUGUGGUCGACGGCGCCUCUGAUUCAGCUCUGCCCGAGUUUGACGACUCUGGAACCAAUCUGAUUGGUUGGUGGCAUAUCUAUGUUCGAGAGGUCAAGAUUAUGGAAUUGCUGGCAGCCCGUGGUGUCCCGUUGGACCAAAUUUGGGCGUUUCCGAAUCGCAAGAACUGGGUUAGUAAUGCGCCCAGAAUUGUCGAAACGUUUAUCAUGCAUGGUAUGGAAAUUGGACCCGUGUGCAAAGCUCUUUGCAAAGCUUCGGGUGUUGGGGUGGUAGACAGCUAUGAGGCUUGA